UUUAGUUUAACUAUGGACACUUCUAUAUUUAGGGUCCAUGGUUGAACGCAACAUCGUUUGUCACAUUAUUAUAUUAUUGGGGUCUGCAAAAAUGGGCGUUUCAUUAGAGUGACGUCCCUUAGAUAAUAUUACAAAAUGGCGACUUCCAUGAGCACAUGAGUUCGCUGAACAUCUCAGUUGUGUGAACUAUGCAAUGCUAAUCGGUUUUGGACUGACGCGCCUAUUUUGUUCAACCGAAAAGUCUUUGUCGCGAUUUGUGUCUAAGAUGAGCACUUUCGUCUCUCAUGCCAACCCAGUUACAGGCAAAAUGGACUGGAUAAUUCAGGACGAAAAUUAUGAUUACCACCAAGAAAUAGCCAGGUCAGCUUAUGCAGAUAUGCUGCAUGACACGGAGAGGAACCAAAAGUACUAUGAUGCCUUGAAAAUAGCCAUUAAGAUGCUACAUGAUCGAGGGGAAAAAGCUCAUGUCCUUGACAUUGGAACAGGAACUGGUCUUCUGUCCAUGAUGGCAGCCUCCGCUGGCGCUGACUCUGUAACUGCAUGCGAGGCAUUCAAACCCAUGGCAAAGUGUGCUAAAAAGAUCAUGCAGAGAAACAAGUUGGGGGACAAAAUUAGUCUGAUUCCAAAGAGAUCAACUGAGAUGACAGUUGGUCCAGAUGGUGAUAUGCCCCACAGAGCCAAUAUUCUGGUGACCGAGGUGUUUGAUACGGAACUGAUUGGUGAGGGCGCCAUAGGAACAUUCAACCAUGCACACAAGGAACUGCUGGUGGAAGACUGUUUAGUCAUCCCUAGAGCUGCCAACAUGUUCGCACAGCCAGUGUCUUCAGAAUUGGUACGGCGCUGGAACCAGAUUGACACCUCGAACAUGGAUGGCAGUGUUCCAGGUGCAGUGUCGCGGUGUGGUGGAGCGCCGUCCCUGCAUGACCUCCAGCUGGACCAGCUACCACCACAGCAGUUCACGCCGCUGUCGGCGCCAUUGAUGGUGUUUAGGUUUGACUUCAACUGUAAAGGGGGUCUGAUGUCUGACCGGAGGAGUGAAGUUACGGUGUCUGCAGACAAUGAUGGGACUGUGGAUGCUAUCUUCAUGUGGUGGGACUGUGAGAUGGACCCUAAAGGGGAGAUAACUCUUAGCUGUGCACCUCGAUGGGCCCAUCCAGAUGGAAGUGACUUGCCGUGGCGGGAUCACUGGAUGCAGGCUAUCUACUACCCCAGCAACCCCUUGACCGUGUCCCGGGGUAAACCUUUCAGCCUCGUCAGUUGCCAUGACGAGUACAGUCUCUGGUUCGAUGUCACUAAGCAGGGAGAUACCUCGCAUGUAUUGGAGCGGCCAUUGUGUACCUGUGGGUUUCACACGACCCUGAGUCGGACGCGAAUCGGGAUGAUGGGGGACCCGCACCGAGUCAGCAUCUACCAGGCUGCUCUCAAGAAGCAUGUGAAAGAGACCAGUGUGUGUCUGUGCAUCAGCGAUGGAAGUGUGCUGCCUGUGAUGGUCGCCUCGAGAGCAAGGAAGGUGUUUGUGAUUGAGACGAACCCCAUGUACAAGAGGAUCACUGAUGCCCUCAUCCAGCAUAACAGUCUCAGAGACCGAGUCACCGUCAUCAACAAACAGCCAAACGAGAUCAGCCGCGACGACCUUGACAAUAUGCAGGUGGAUGUAGUUGUAGGGGAGCCCUACUUCUCCUCCUCCAUGUUGCCAUGGCACAACAUCCACAUGUGGUACGCCAUUUACGACCUUGAUGCUCACCUUGCUGCUAAUGCCGUUGUUCUGCCAGGGAAGAUGGUGAUGAAAGCUGUUGCUAUGGACUUCAACCACAUGUGGAAGAUUCGGGCUCCUGUUGGUGUCUGUGAGGGCUUUGAUCUUACCGAGUUUGACCGGUUAAUUGAAAGUUCGUCGGACAUCUCGGACAGUAACAUUGAGCCACAGCCGCUGUGGGAGUACCCUGGUAGGGCGCUCUCCUCCGCUGUUGACGUCAUCAAGCUUCAGUACAAAGACUUAAAGGAGAAGAGUGUUCAAGCCAGUGUGGAACUACAAAUGGAAACGGACGGAAGCCUGAAUGGUGUUGCUGUGUGGACGGAGUACGAGUUCGGGGAGGAAGGGACGGUGACCACGGGUCCACGGACGAGUCUCCGCGUGGGAGAUAAUGUUGACUGGGAUUACUACACCAGACAGGGGGUGCAUCUGCUGAAAACUCCUCGCACCGUCAGCGCAGGGCAUACCAUCACACUCCAUGUCCAGUUUGACCCCAAAACAGGGGAAUUUGACUUUUCUUUUAAAACUUGAGCGCAGUUUCAUUAUCUGAGCGAGGUCCAAAAAACUAACAGGAACCAUUUUACCUAUCUAUAAUUUGAUGUUUUACGUCAUUUUUUAUCUGUGUUUUCGUUUGAGCAGGCUGUGAUGAGCUUCAAGGUCGUAGGGAUUAGAUCCGAUGUUGGAUGUCUCGACUCAAUGACGAACACAGGAAUGGUGGGUGGAAAAGGGCCUCUUCGGCCCACAGGGUCUGCAUAAUUCAACAACUGAGCAAAACUUUUUGAACUUGAUAUGAAUGAGAACUAGACUUUGUUCAUUCCAACAGCUGCAUGUUUGGGACAGAUACAUAGAUAUGGAUCAAAUGUGUCAGCACGGCUGAUUUUCAAGGUUUUCAGGAAGCAUUUUCUGAUAUUUGAACAGGAGCAAGGUUUUUACCCAAACUGAUUUUUGUAGAUGUAGAUAAUAACAGUAGAGUCACAUGAUAAAAAAGAUCCUGUUGGGUCAUGGACUGGCUCAUACAUUUUACUUAGAUUUUCAUUUGAAGUUCGAAAAUAUCUGCCUUUUUCUCAUUUUAGCCAUACUUACGUAUUUGAUCUUGUCAGAAAUCCAAACUUGCAAAACUAAGGAAGAAAAGAUACUUGAUGUCAGUCAUUUGUGCAUGUCUGAUAUGUUUUAAACCGAUAUUUCAGGUUUCCAGAACUGUAAAAUUUGACAUUCCCUGUGGGUCCAAUAGGUCCCUUAUCCUACCUCAGUCUCUUCAAGAUCAGAUCUUAGUUCUGGCUACCACUAAACAUAGUCUGUAAUGAAGUCCCCAGUUUGAGACUAGUGCUGUAAAGCUCGAGAUAGCUGCUUCCUGAUUGGCUACCUCUGUCUCUUCAAGAUCAGAUCUUAGUUCUGGCUACCACUAAACAUAGUCUGUAAUGAAGUCGCCAGUUUGAGACUAGUGCUGUAAAGCUCGAGAUAGCUGCUUUCUGAUUGGCCGAUGUUGAAUUCUUGUAAGUUAUUUCAUUGGUUGGUCAAAGUUGGCGGUCGUCGUUUUGAUGUGUACCCAUUAUGGGAUUUCCUCAGAUCUUUGUUUAGGGGGUAGUGAGAAAUAAGAUCUGAUUUUAAUGAGAUUGAUCCUAAUUCACCAUAUUUACGCACACACUCACUCACUAGCUGUUCAUCACAUUACAUGCUGAAAGGAACAAAAUCUAAUUUUAUACAUAUGAACAUCUCCUCUAACUUUGAUUAUAUCCAAUAGUUUUGUUUAUUUCUAAAAUAAUAUAGAUCUUGUGAACCAAAGAGGGCCCUCGUUAUACCCCCAUGGGGGUUCAACAAGAUCUCACACAAAUUUUCACAAUUUCGUCUUCGCAUAAUUUUAUUGUAGUUGUAGUAGAGUGUUCCCUCGCUAUUGCGCUCUUCAAUAUAGCGCUAACUCGGGUAUAGCGUGCGGUAAAGCGUAAAACGUGGCUCCCAAAAUUUACGGACAUUCUUAAUAAACUCAAGAUUAACAACUUCUAUUCUAAUCAUUUUUUAAACUCUGAAACAUGCAACGUAGAUCGUGUUAGGUAGGCAGAGCAUGUGUACUGCUUUGUUGGUCAUCUACCACCUAAGACUCGACCUCGGUUUAACCGCUGAUCAUCUUUAACGCUCAUCAAUUAUUUGGACCCCAAAGGUAGCGUUGUAGCGAGGGAUCAGUAUAAUCACAUAAGCUAUUCAAAGUCCGGGGAUGGAGGGGCUGAGUUGCAUCUCUUCAGCGGGCCAGAAUCGAAGGUUCGCCAUGAAUGUUUCCUUGGUAGUCAUGCAUCAUGCCUGUGAAUAAUCCCAACAGACAGUCUGUAUUGACAUUAUUGUUGAGAGUUCUGGGAAGGUCCUGUGUGUCUGAUAACGGUUCCACAGUCUUGUAAUGGUGCUUGGUGCUACAUGGGAAAACCUGGGUACAGGUGAAGAUGAUUCUCCCAUUUGCAGUCAGCCGAUGGCGUUGUUGUGUUGGGCUUCCGUCAGUCGUGGCAUGUUUUUGCUGUUCACUUGCUGUAAGAUUGUGAUGGCAUGCAAAUGAGAACCCAAUGUUUUUAGAGUAUUACAAGUGGUGUUGCACGUGCAUGUCAUGUUGGUGUGUUUCAGCACCAGGCUCUCACACGGUUGUGUUUUUUUUUAUUUUUCCAUCUUUUCAUCAACUUUCUGCGGUACCUCAUUUUUUCCACACAAAUCAAUCCCAAGUCAUGCAGAAAUGACCAAUUCAUUUUUUGUAUUAAUUCUGCAUGGAUGUCGGCAACACUAUGUCAGAUAUUUACGAUUUUACCACUUUUGCAUUUAUUUUUUUGCAGAGCAUAUAUCACCAGAAAUAUAUUGAUGGUAUAAAACAAAAUCCAUGGA